AAUUCUGAUGAAUGUUGAUAUGAUGAAAACCACUUUCCCAAUUGUUUUAUAAAAUCCCUUCCGAACACACUCUCACUCUGACUUUCACAUGGCGUUAGAUCAGCAUUCAUCGGAAUCUCAGAGUCAGUCAUUUACACUCCCACCUUAUCCUCAGAUGAUAAUGGAAGCGAUCGAAGCACUAAACGAUAAGAACGGUAGCAACAAAACGACGAUUGCUAAACAAAUCGAGUCAACUCAACAAACCUUACCGCCGUCACACACGACGCUGCUUAGCUACCAUCUCAACCAGAUGAAGAAGACUGGUCAGCUUCUCAUGGUCAAAAACAAUUAUAUCAAACCAGAUCCACUUGCUCCUCCCAAGCGUGGUCGUGGACGUCCUCCCAAACUGAAAACUCAGGCGGAAUCCGCCGCCGCUGCGGCUGCUGCUGCUGCCAAAGUCUCUGCAGAUCCGCCUAGAUCUCGUGGUCGUCCACCGAAGCAGAGAGAUCCAUCGGAAACUUCGAUUGAGCCGCCCAAGGAGACCGGAUCUGGAAGACCACGUGGACGACCACCGAAGAGACCACGAACAGAUUCGGGUAAGGUUGUUGCUCCGGAGCCCGCAGCUCAGGCAACCGGUGAGCGUAGAGGACGUGGGAGACCUCCGAAGGUUAAGCCAACGGCGGUUGCGCCGGUUGCGUGUUGAGUGUAUGCAACUCAAAACAAAUCAUAAUUGGAAUCUCUUAAAAGAGUGGUACUUUUUCGCUUUUAAGUAGAUGGUUUAGUAUAAUUCGUAUUUGAUUCUCAGAUGUGUUGUUGUUGUUGAUGCUGCUUAGUCCUUGGGAGGAGAUUAAGACUUAACAUUAGGGAGUAGGGACGAGUGUGUAUCAUUAUUGUGUUUUUUAAUUAGCAUGUGUUAUGUUAAACUUUUAGUUCUCUCUCUUUGAACAACCAUGUCUUUAAAACAUUGUUUCUAAACUGGAUUCAAUUAUAAAACAGUGAUCGUAAAAAUAGAAACUGUGAA